AUGAGGUCGCCCUAUUUCCCAGCGAGGUCGGUGCUUUUCCGUAAGGAGCCAAACGGGGUGACAUACAGAGUUCCAGCUCUACUCUACCUGCCCCGCUCCAACUCCUUCCUCGCCUUCUGUGAGGAGAGACUCAGCCCGUCUGACUCUGAGGCUCACCUGCUGGUCAUGAGGAAAGGAACCUUCUACAGGAACUAUGUGGAGUGGGAGGACAUGCGCGUUCUGGGCACUGCCUUCCUGCCUGGUCACCGCUCUAUGAACCCGUGUCCGGUGUACGAUGAGUUCACAGGUACUCUCUUUCUGUUCUUCAUUGCUGUUCUGGGACACACGUCUGAGUCCUACCAGCUGGUGACGGGGAAGAAUGUGACUCGGCUCUGCUUCAUCAGCAGCACCGAUGACGGAGACACCUGGAGUCCUGUCACUGACCUCACACAGAGAGUGAUAGGAGACACUAUCAAAGAGUGGGCCACCUUUGCUCUUGGCCCAGGCCACGGUAUCCAGCUGAAGUCUGGUCGCCUGCUGGUUCCUGCCUACGCCUACCACAUUGACUGCAAAGAGUGCUUUGGAAAGCUCUGCAUGACCACCUCCCACGCCUUCUGCUUCCACAGUGACACCCACGGGCGAACGUGGCGUUUCGGGGAGGCGGUGCCAGGCCCGGAGAGUGUGGAGUGUCAGAUGGUGUCAGUAGAUGAAGAAGAUGGGACUAAUGUGUUGUACUGUAACGCUCGCAGCCCUCUGGGUUACAGGGUGCAGGCGCUUAGUCUGGAUGAUGGAGCUGCGUUUCAGGAGGGGCAGCUGGUGCAGCGGCUGGUGGAGCCUCGGAAUGGUUGCCAUGGUAGCAUUGUAGGAUUUCCUGCCCCUUUACACUUAUGUCAAUCUCUGUCUCAUCACUUACAUCAACCUCCACAUCACUCCAGACAUUGGACAUCCUUUAUAUCCCACUCAAAUCCCACUACAUCUCCUCCUCCAAACCCUACCCCCUUAUCACCAAAUCAAAGUCCUGAUCCAGAUUUCCUCACCCCCACCUGGGUGGUUUACUCCCACCCAACAUGGACCACCGCUCGCAAGGACCUAGGUGUGUUUCUCAGCCUGUUUCCCCGGGACCCAGACAGUUGGCGUGGCCCCUGGGUGAUCUACGAGGGCCCCAGUGCCUACUCUGACCUCGCCUACCUGGAGUUACCGUCCUCACCUGGAGCACCGCCCGCUGUCGCCUUCGCCUGCCUGUUUGAGUGCGGCUCCACUACAGCCUAUGAUGAAAUCUGCUUCAGCAUUUUCACCCUCUACGAGCUCAUUGAUAAUUUACCUCUAAAUGUGCAGUUGAGACACAACAGUGAUGAAUGUAAAAGACAGAAAAAUGAAAAGUCUGAGAUGAGUAGACAUGAUGCUCUAGUUUCCUAUCAGGUGAAGAGGAGGAAGGAAAACUGGUUUACAAAGAUGUGCACUGUGUCUUAAAAUUAGCCAAGUUUGUAGUUAUCUCAUCAAAAUGAUUAGAUUUUGUUUUAAAACAGAUGAAGAAAGACUCCUGAAUGACAGUGUCGAAUGUGAGAUAAAAUGUUGCAAAGAUUGCACAAAUAUAUUUUAAAUAAAUGGUUCCUUCUUUAUGCCAAAGGUGCCAACUCUUCCAGUACAAAAUGACCACUACUAUGGAUCAUUGAUGGCUUGUAAAAUAUAUUGUUUUGGGUCAUCUAAACUAAAAAAAAGCUUGUUGAUGUAAUUUACAAGUAAAGACAUCCAUUAUGUUCAAACCAUGCAUUGAUAUUAGAGACUAUUUGAUGUAUUUAAAGUAAUCAGGUUCUCUUAUUUGAUGCUAUCUUCUUUAAAGCUCCAGUAAGGAAGUUUCAGUUUGUGUUGAUUUUUGCGCCCCUGGUGGACAAA